CAGGCGCGGCAACCUUGGCACACAGCAGCGCAAUCCUCUACCACCAGCACCAGGCGAGCGGACGGCGGGUGCUUUUGGGCUCUCCUCUGCUCUCCUAGGUUGGAAGAGUCAUUGCCAAGGGGAUAGCAAAAGAGAAAGUACUUGCAUACCCCAACAAGGCAACAGCGGCUGCUUUUGGCCUCCUUUUCUCCCACCCCUCCUCUCCUCUUUUGGCUGGCCUCCUCCUCCUCCAGUCCUCUGCUCUGCUCUCUGCGUCUACGACUAUUCUCUCCUGGAAUCCCCCUUCUCUUCUCUCGCUCGCUCCUUCCUUCCUUCAUCACCCGAGUUGGAGUGCGAGGCAAGAAGGAGAUCGAGCCGAGGAGGGAGAGGGAGGGAGGGCACUGGACCACCACCACACACACACACACACACACACACACACACACCAGCGUCGUACCGAACGAAAGCACCAAGGGAGGAACACCAGCGCCUAGCAAGCGCGUCGCCAUGUGGGAUCUUAACGACUCGCCGGCCGCCCCGCCGCCGUCGCCGUCCGCCGACGACUCCGGCGCGUCCUCCUCGUCGGCGGCCGCGCCAGUCGAGAUACCCGACGACGCCGACGACGACUCCACCGCCGCCGCUGCAGCCGUAGUCACGCGCCAGUUCUUCCCGGCCCCGGCCGCCAUCGGCGCGGCGCCCGCCGGCUCGUCCAACGCGCGCGCGGGCUGGCUCCGCCUGUCCGCCGCGGCGCCACCGCCCGCCGCGGGCAGCAACGGCGGCGUCGCACCGGCUGGCGGCCCCGCGGCAGGGUCGGCGGCGACAGCGGCGGCUGGUGGCAAGAAGAGCCGGCGCGGUCCGCGGUCGCGCAGCUCGCAGUACCGCGGCGUCACGUUCUACCGGCGGACGGGGCGGUGGGAGUCGCACAUAUGGGAUUGCGGCAAGCAGGUGUAUUUGGGCGGAUUUGACACCGCUCAUGCGGCGGCUCGGGCGUACGAUCGGGCGGCGAUCAAGUUCCGCGGCGUGGAGGCUGACAUCAAUUUCAGCUUGGAGGAUUACCAAGACGACAUGAAGCAGCAGAUGGGCCACCUGAGCAAGGAGGAGUUCGUUCACGUGCUCCGGCGGCAGAGCACGGGGUUCCCCCGGGGCAGCUCCAAGUUCAGAGGCGUGACGCUCCACAAGUGCGGGAGGUGGGAGGCGCGCAUGGGCCAGUUCCUCGGCAAGAAGUACGUCUACUUGGGCCUGUUCGACACCGAGGAGGAAGCCGCCAGGGCGUACGACCGCGCGGCCAUCAAGUGCAACGGCAAGGACGCCGUGACAAACUUUGAUCCCAGCAUUUACGCGGAGGAGCUCGAGCCGGCGGCAUCGACGGGCGGCGGCAGUGGCGGCGGUGACGAUGAACACAAUCUGGACCUGUCGCUGGGGAGCUCGGCGGGGAACAAAAGGGGCAGCCUUGACGGCGGCGGGGGCGGCGACGACGAGACCUCGGACCAGCGCGUCCCCAUGGCGUUCGACAUCGACUGGCAGACGGCCGCGCCCCGGAGCACCAAAGCAAAGCAAGCGUGUCACGUUUCAACCACCGGGUGGCAGCUGGACGCGAGCUCGAAGCAACCCCAGAUGCUGCCCCCUCCUCUUCCUCCUCCUCCUGCCUUGCAAGUCGCCCACCACCUGCCGUUGCCGUUCAGCCCCAGGCAUCCGCAAUUCCUGAGCAACGGCGAUCCGGGGACCGCGGGAGGCCUGUCCCUGGCGAUCGGCGGUGCCGGCGGCGGAGGCGGAGGCGGGCAUUGGACUCCCCAGCUACAGCAUCAGCAGCAGCACCACCAACAGAGGCUGCACGGCGGCGUCUGGGCGAACGGUGGCGGCACGAGCUGGCCGCCGCCGCCGCACCCGCCGCCACCGACCACCGCCGCGACGGCAGCUGCAGCAUCAUCACGAUUCCCUCCCUACGUUGUUACGACGCAAGGCCCGGCGGGCUGGGUUCAGAAGAAUGGCUUCCAUUCGCUGGCCAGGCCCACCUAGUAGACCAAGAACUACCACGACCCAGGCGUUCGUUCACCGAUCGUCUUCCACGGCAGAGCCAUCGGUCGAUCAUUUGAUUUGACCCAAGGGCAAAAGGAGUCCUCGAACCACUGCACGGCGGCGACGUUAAAUUUUACUGCCGGAGAAAACCCCCCCGCUUUCUUUCCCUUUACCCUUGUUCUGUGUUCUUGAUUGGGUGAGACAUGGAUCCGAGGAUGGAUGGACCUGUAAAUGAGGAGUUCCCGAGACGAAGCAGACGAUUGCGUGAUUGGUAGGCCGUAGGCGACUAGGCGUCGCGUCAGGCAGUGCGUCGUCCUUUUGCCGCCUUUUUUUCUUCUUUCGCUCGCCAUUGGCAAGCACUGAUGAAAUGAUGACAGUGGGUGUCAACAUCGCAGCUCAUUUUGUUUGGUCUCAUGUUGCAUCACUCGCUGUUCCACGAUGGCAUCGUCGGUAUGGCCGGGGGAAAUUUGCUCCAUCCACACCACGCCUCGGUAUCGUCGUUUGGCGAGUGUUGCUACUAGGCCUUGUUCAGAUGUAUGUGUAUCCGCUUCAAUCCAUAUAUGUUAGAAUAAAACUUAGUUUAAUUCUACUUCAAUAUA